UAUAAAAGGGGGCAAAAUAAUAAUUUAGUCUUGCAUAUUACUGGAAAAAACUCGCCAUCGAUGAUCAGUGAUCGUUGUACACUUUGAAGCACGGUAUAGCUUUUGUUUGUUGUAUUUUUCUGGAUAGUAACAACCCUGUCGGAGUUAAUUCAUGUAGAUGUGGGUUCAACACUUUGGGUAAGGAAGAGAGAGGUUAGGGCAGAGAUGGUAAGCAGAGGGUCGUAUGGCUCUGGCGGCCUCUUGACUGGUAGAUUCCAUGCUAGAAAGCUAACCCCAAGCGUCAUCACUUUCUAUACCAUAUUCAUAUUUGCUUUCUCCAUCAUCGUCUUUUUGUUCUACGUGAGGAACAUUAGUCUUGAUCAAGAUCCACGACGCCCUUUCAUUUAUCGACAAUCUAAUUCUCAGCAGUUGCCAGAGUUACAUGUGCACGAUAAACAGCAACUUUGGGAUUCUCCGUUCAAUCAUGGCUUACAUCAGUGUGUUGAGCGGACUACUAAAUAUAAAGCUGCCAAAGGAUUUAAUCGCUAUCUAACUGUGAGAAGUAACGGUGGACUAAAUCAAAUGCGAACCGGUAUAUCAGACAUGGUGGCUGUGGCACAUAUGAUGAAUGCAACUUUAGUCAUUCCUCAAUUGGAUAAACGUUCAUUCUGGAAAGACUCCAGUGUAUUUUCAGAUAUAUUUGAUGAGCUUCAUUUCAUUCAAUCCCUGAAAGGUGAUAUCCGGAUUGUUAGUGAGCUUCCCAAAAACUUGGAAGGUAUCCCCCGGGCUAGGAAACACUUUACUUCCUGGGCUGGGUUCGGUUACUAUACAGAUAUGACAAGGUUGUGGAGUGACUAUCAGGUGAUACAUGUUGCAAAAUCAGAUUCUCGACUUGCAAACAAUGAUCUUCCUCUGGACAUACAGAGGUUGAGGUGCCGGGCAAUGUAUCAGGCGCUUCGAUUUUCUCCUCCAAUAGAGAAUUUAGGAAAGAGGUUGGUGGAUCGGCUGAGAUCACAAGGAGGAAGAUAUAUUGCUCUCCAUCUGAGAUAUGAGAAAGAUAUGCUGUCUUUUACCGGUUGCUCUUAUGGUCUGACAGAUGCAGAAUCUGAAGAGCUUAGAAUUUUGAGGGAGAAUACAAAUUAUUGGAAAGUAAAAGCGAUAAAUUCAACAGAACAAAGAAUUGGAGGAUUUUGUCCACUUACUCCAAAGGAGGUGGGCAUUUUUCUUCACGCUCUUGGAUACCCACCAUCCACACCAAUAUACAUAGCAGCUGGAGAGAUCUAUGGUGGUAAUACCCAUCUUUCGGAGCUCUCAUCCCGCUUCCCUAAUCUAAUCUUUAAGGAAUCCCUUGCAACUUCUGAAGAGCUGAAAGAUUUCACUAAUCAUGCUUCCCAAACUGCUGCUCUUGAUUACAUAAUAUGUGUAGAGAGUGAUGUAUUUGUUCCGUCAUAUUCGGGAAAUAUGGCAAGAGCAGUUGAGGGACACCGCAGAUUCUUAGGUCACCGCAAGACAAUCAAUCCAGACAGGAAAGGUCUGGUUGGAAUUUUUGAUAUGGUGGAAACUGGAGUGCUUGAAGAAGGAAAGGAACUGUCGCAAAUGGUUCAGCGGAUGCACAAGAACAGGCAAGGAGCUCCAAGGAAAAGGCAUGGUUCUCCGCCAGGAGUCAAAGGCCGGGCACGAUUUAAGACUGAAGAGUCCUUUUAUGAAAAUCCAUAUCCUGAGUGUAUAUGUGGCUCUAAAAGCAAACUAGAAAUAACAUGACGAUAAACCAAACUGCAGUUACCUUUUAUUUUUGGAGAAACAGGUUAAUCUGUAAAUUUGGUUUUGACAAAUUGUAAUUCUAAUUAGACAUAUCUGGUCUGGUUGAUUUGCCUGUGCCUUAUCUCUA